CGUCAUCAAGUAAUGCAAAUGCGAGCUGGUGCAACUGGAAGACCAAAAACAAAAAAGACAAAUUGUGUACAACGUCGUAUUGAUACUCUUCGUGAUCGUUAUGAAAAUGAUGAAAUAAAUUUAGAAGGUUUAUCAUUUGUUGUUGCUAAAGAUAAAACAAAAAAAAUAAAUAAAAAAUGA